AGCGCAGUGACUGCUGGGAAAGAAAGGUCAAGGAUCGGGAUCGGUAGCGGUGGGACACUUCCCAACAAAUAUUUUUUUACGUGUUGCUUCAAGAAAUAACACAGCGGUGUUUUACUUGUAUUAAAUUACAAUCGUAACUGGAGAUAAUCUUACUUUAAACAUUUUCUUUGCUACUGCGCUAUCACUUUAUGGUCUGGUUAGCAAAUGGUAGUGAAUUGUGUUAGCGAUCUUAUUGUUGUUGUUUUGGUGGCGACCAUUGUAGCUAGCUGGAAGGGUCGCUAGCAAAACAAACUACAUUUAGUUUCCCCAGCUCGGGCAGGGGAUCUGACCGCUUGAGUAAUGAUUAUCUGUUUUUCUCGAGAAGAUGGAUGAAAAGUCCAGCCACAGCCACCGCCUCUUGAUCGUCUUGCUCAUGUUAAUGCUCUUCGGCGUCAUAGUUCUUCAGUAUGUUUGUCCGGGUACCUCUGAUUGCCAGAUAUUGCGCAUUGGGUCAAUUUUCAAGUCCAACAGUGCUAGUGAUGCCAUAACAUACCGAAAUGGUGACGGUAAAGACGGAUCCCCAAAGGACCCGUAUAUCUCCGAGGACAAUGCCCUGGUUCGCUUUGUCCCUCGCUUUAACUUUACAAAAGCCGACCUAAGUCGUGCUGUAGAUUUUAACAUUAAGGGGGACGACGUAAUCGUUUUUCUGCACAUCCAAAAAACUGGAGGAACCACGUUUGGGCGCCAUUUGGUGCGAAACAUCCAACUGGAGAGGCCAUGCGAGUGUCAUGCAGGUCAAAAGAAAUGCACGUGCCUCCGGCCAGGUAAAAAGGAGACAUGGCUCUUCUCCCGAUUCUCCACCGGCUGGAGCUGCGGGCUCCAUGCGGACUGGACCGAGCUCACUAACUGCGUUCCCACUCGGAUGGAUACACACGAGGCCCCCGAAACACCAAUUCCAAGGAGGAACUACUAUUACAUCACCAUCUUGCGGGACCCGGUGUGGCGCUACCUGAGCGAGUGGCGCCACGUACAGCGCGGAGCCACCUGGAAGGCCUCCCUGCAUGUAUGCGACGGCCACUCGCCCACCCUGUCGGAGCUGCCCAGCUGCUACCUGGGAGACGACUGGUCCGGCUGCACCCUGCAGGAGUUCAUGGACUGCCCCUACAACCUGGCCAACAACCGGCAGACCCGCAUGCUGGCCGACCUCAGCCUGGUGGGCUGCUACAACGUGUCGGCCAUGGGCGACGAGGACCGCUCGGCCGUUCUCCUGGAGAGCGCCAAGCGUAACCUGCGGGGCAUGGCCUUCUUCGGCCUCACCGAGUACCAGCGCAAGACCCAGUACCUGUUCGAGCGCACCUUCCGCCUGGCCUUCAUCGCUCCGUUCACGCAACUCAACGGAACCCGCGCCGCCAGCGUGGAGGUGGCCCUCGACACGCAGCGGCGCAUCCGCGGGCUGAACCGCUGGGACGUGGAGCUGUACGAGUACGCCCGCGACCUCUUCCUGCAGCGCUUCCAGCGGGCCAGGCAGCAGGAGAGGAGGCAGGCACGGGAGAGGAGGCAGCAGGAGAGGAGGCGGCUCCGCGGAAGGCUCUCCUCCGCCAGGCCGGGAAGGCCUCUGAGGCCCACCGAGGAGACGACCCCCCCGCACCGGGCGGACAUCCGCCCCGUCACCCGGAGCCAGUCGACCCAGGAGAUGGUGGAGGGCGGCGGGGAGACCCUGGAGGCGGAGGGGCUGCUGCCCGACUGGUGGGACCUGGAGGAGAACGGCACCCUGGAAGACUACACGGACAAUGUGGAGCAGUGGUAGUGGAGGGGUCGGUAGAGGCGUGGCCGAUAUGAGGCAUUAUAUGGACGGCUCAUUUAGGACUGUAUUUAACAAUGGGUAUUAUGUUUUAGGGUAACCAUGGUUGCAAUGGUUUCAGUAAGAGGAGGUGGUUGUGUUUAGGUAAGGAUCUAGACUAGAGAAACUAAUCAUGGAAAAGGCCUUUCGGGAAGGUUCAAUGGAAUGAUACUAAAUAGGAUGUCUUAAUCUUUAUUUUUGUUAAUUAUUUUGCCACGUUUGCCUCAUUAACCCCAGUGGUCACAAGUCUAAAUGUAAGUUUAUUUUUCUGUCUCACAAUGGUCAGUCCUUAAUGAUGAUAACGCACAUUUAUUUAUUGAUCCAGAUUGUAUUUUUUUCUGUAUUGUAUUUUUUUCAAAUCAUUUUGCUAAUCUUUGGGGGAUUUGAAGGUAUAGUAAGGUAGAGCAAUUACCGCAAAUUAGACCUUUUUUAAGCCUUGCCUGAAGUUUAUUGGCAAUCAUAGUCCCGAAUCAUUUUAAGUAGUCAAAUGGUACGCUAAAGAAUGAAAUGGUUACUUUCUUUUCAAAACGAUAAAUUGUAUAAUUGUUUUUUUUACUGCAUGUGUUGUACGCUAAACUGACUUAUCAAUCAUCCAUGUGACCAAUGACAAAAGCAGUUUUGCUUUUUUUUAUACUUACCUCAAUGCAUAACAUAACUAUCGAUGUUAUGUGCAUAUGUAAUGUUUGUGUCCUAAUAUUUUAUAUAAAAAAAAUAGAAACAAAAUA